CGGGGACCAGGCGACGGCGAGCGGGAGGAAAUGGCGGCGGCGGCGGCGCCGGGCGGCACCGAGAGGCCUGGGCUGUGACGCACGCGCCGGAGCGGGGUCCGAUGGUUCUCGAAGGCCCGCGGCGCCCCGUGCUGCAGGUUACCUAGGGUAUGAAUUAAUACAGACUUGGAAACUGAAAGAACUUAGACUCAGCAUUUUGAGAGCGGAAGCAUGGGCAUGCUGUGAUUUUCCAAUGAGCUGCUGUCACAAUGUCAAAAUGCAGUUCAGACAACAGCAACACAGAGGUCUCACACAUUAAAACGUAAGCUGUGCUAGAACCAAAAUGCAAUGAAAGAAACACUGGAUGAAUGAAAAGCCCUGCUUUGCAGCCCCUCAGCAUGGCAGGCCUGCAGCUCAUGACCCCUGCUUCCUCACCAAUGGGUCCUUUCUUUGGACUGCCAUGGCAGCAAGAAGCAAUUCAUGAUAACAUUUAUACGCCGAGAAAAUAUCAGGUCGAACUGCUCGAAGCAGCUCUGGACCGCAACACCAUCGUCUGUUUGAACACUGGCUCAGGGAAGACGUUCAUCGCCGUGCUGCUCACUAAGGAGCUGUCCUAUCAGAUCCGGGGGGACCUCACCAGACAUGGGAAGAGGACGGUGUUCCUGGUCAACUCCGCAAACCAGGUCGCUCCGCAAGUGUCCGCCGUCAGAACUCAUUCUGAUCUCAAGGUUGGGGAAUACUCAGACCUAGAAGUCAAUGCAUCUUGGACAAAAGAGAAAUGGAACCAAGAGUUUACUAAGCACCAGGUUCUCAUUAUGACUUGCUAUGUCGCCUUGAUUGUUUUGAAAAAUGGCUACUUAUCGCUGUCAGACAUUAACCUCCUGGUGUUUGAUGAGUGUCAUCUUGCAAUCCUAGACCACCCCUACCGAGAAAUUAUGAAGCUCUGUGAAAGUUGCCCAUCAUGCCCUCGUAUUUUGGGACUGACUGCUUCCAUUUUAAAUGGGAAAUGUGAUCCAGAGGAAUUAGAAGAAAAGAUUCAGAAACUGGAGAAAAUUCUUAAGAGUAAUGCCGAAACUGCAACUGACCUGGUGGUCUUAGACAGGUAUACUUCGCAGCCGUACGAGAUUGUGGUAGACUGUGGACCGUUUGUGGACAGAAGUGGGCUUUACGAAAGACUGCUGAUGGAAUUAGAAGAAGCACUUAAUUUUAUCAAUGACUGUAACAUAUCUGUGCAUUCAAAAGAAAGAGAUUCUACUUUAAUUUCUAAACAGAUACUGUCAGACUGUCGCGCGGUGCUGGUGGUCCUGGGGCCCUGGUGCGCGGACAAAGUGGCCGGCAUGAUGGUGAGGGAGCUGCAGAAGUACAUCAAGCACGAGCAGGAGGAGCUGCACAGGAAGUUUCUAUUGUUUACAGACACUUUCCUACGGAAAAUACAUGCACUAUGUGAAGAGCACUUCUCACCUGCCUCACUUGACCUGAAAUUUGUAACUCCUAAAGUGAUAAAACUGCUUGAAAUCCUACGCAAAUACAAACCAUAUGAGCGGCAGCAGUUUGAAAGCGUUGAGUGGUACAAUAAUAGGAACCAGGAUAAUUAUGUGUCUUGGAGCGAUUCUGAGGAUGAUGAUGAGGAUGAAGAGAUUGAAGAAAAGGAGAAGCCAGAGACAAAUUUUCCUUCUCCAUUUACCAAUAUUUUAUGUGGGAUUAUUUUUGUGGAAAGAAGAUACACAGCAGUCGUCUUAAACAGAUUGAUAAAGGAAGCUGGCAAACAAGAUCCAGAGCUGGCUUACAUCAGCAGCAAUUUCAUAACUGGACAUGGCAUCGGAAAGAAUCAGCCUCGUAACAAACAGAUGGAAGCAGAAUUCAGAAAACAGGAAGAGGUACUCAGAAAAUUUCGGGCUCAUGAGACCAACCUGCUUAUUGCGACAAGUAUCGUGGAAGAGGGCGUCGAUAUACCGAAGUGCAACUUGGUGGUCCGUUUCGAUUUGCCCACGGAGUAUCGCUCCUACGUUCAAUCCAAGGGACGAGCCAGGGCCCCGAUCUCCAAUUACAUAAUGUUAGCGGACACGGACAAGAUAAAAAGUUUUGAAGAAGAUCUGAAAACAUAUAAAGCUAUUGAGAAGAUCCUGAGAAACAAGUGCUCCAAGUCGGCCGAUUCCGGUGAGGCCGACGUGGAGCCCGUGGUGGACGACGACGACGUCUUCCCGCCGUACGUGCUGAGGCCCGACGACGGCGGCCCGCGAGUCACGAUCAACACGGCCAUCGGGCACAUCAACAGAUACUGCGCAAGACUGCCCAGUGACCCGUUCACUCACCUGGCUCCCAAGUGCAGGACCCGGGAGCUGCCUGAUGGCACCUUCUACUCCACGCUGUAUCUGCCAAUCAACUCGCCUCUCCGAGCCUCCAUUGUUGGUCCACCAAUGAGUUGUAUACGAUUGGCUGAGAGAGUUGUGGCUCUUAUUUGCUGUGAGAAACUGCACAAAAUUGGCGAACUGGAUGACCAUUUGAUGCCCGUUGGAAAAGAAACUGUUAAAUAUGAGGAAGAGCUCGAUUUGCAUGACGAAGAAGAGACCAGUGUCCCAGGCAGACCGGGUUCCACGAAGCGAAGACAGUGCUACCCAAAGGCAAUCCCGGAAUGUCUGAGGGACAGCUAUCCCAAGCCAGAUCAGCCCUGCUACCUGUACGUGAUCGGAAUGGUUCUCACCACACCGCUACCUGAUGAGCUCAACUUCAGGAGGCGGAAGCUCUAUCCCCCUGAGGACACCACAAGAUGCUUCGGAAUACUGACAGCCAAACCCAUACCUCAAAUCCCGCACUUUCCUGUGUACACGCGCUCUGGGGAGGUGACCAUAUCCAUCGAGCUGAAGAAGUCCGGUUUCACCCUGUCUCUUCAAAUGCUCGAGCUGAUCACCAGACUCCACCAGUACAUAUUCUCGCACAUCCUUCGCCUCGAGAAGCCUGCACUAGAGUUUAAACCCACAGACGCCGACUCAGCGUACUGUGUUCUACCUCUGAAUGUUGUUAACGACUCCAGCACUUUGGACAUUGACUUCAAAUUCAUGGAAGAUAUUGAGAAAUCCGAAGCUCGCAUAGGCAUUCCCAGUACAAAGUAUUCAAAAGAAACACCCUUUGUUUUUAAAUUGGAAGAUUACCAGGAUGCAGUUAUCAUUCCAAGGUAUCGAAAUUUUGAUCAGCCUCAUCGAUUUUAUGUAGCUGAUGUGUACACUGAUCUUACCCCACUGAGUAAAUUUCCUUCCCCCGAGUAUGAAACUUUCGCAGAGUAUUAUAAAACAAAGUAUAACCUUGACCUGACCAAUCUCAACCAGCCGCUGCUGGAUGUGGACCACACAUCUUCAAGACUCAACCUUCUGACGCCUCGCCACUUGAACCAGAAAGGGAAAGCUCUCCCCCUGAGCAGUGCUGAGAAGAGGAAAGCCAAGUGGGAGAGCCUGCAGAACAAACAGAUCCUGGUUCCGGAGCUCUGUGCCAUCCACCCCAUUCCAGCAUCACUGUGGAGAAAAGCGGUCUGCCUGCCCAGCAUACUCUACCGCCUUCACUGCCUUCUGACCGCGGAGGAGCUGCGCGCCCAGACGGCCAGCGACGCUGGCGUGGGCGUCCAGUCCCUUCCUGUGGAUUUUCGAUACCCUAACUUAGACUUUGGGUGGAAAAAAUCUAUCGACAGCAAAUCCUUCAUCUCAAUGGCUAACUCCUCUCCAGCUGAAAAUGAUAAUUACUGCAAGCACAGCACAACUGUCCCUGAAAAUGCUGCGCAUCAAGGUGCUAAUAGAGCCUCCUCUCCAGAAGAUCAUGACCAAAUGUCUGUGAGCUGCAGCGCGUUCUUCGGUGAGCCGUCCGGUAGACUCCCGGUUGAAGUUUCAAGAGACCCGACAGCAAUUAAUGGUCUUUCUUACCAUGGAAAUCUUGCCAAUGGCAGUUAUGACUUAGCUAACAGAGACUUUUGCCAAGGAAAUCAGCUGAAAUGCUACAAGCAGGAAAUACCUGUACAACCAACUACCUCAUAUCCCAUUCAAAAUUUAUACACUUACGAGAACCAGCCCAAGCCCAGCGAUGAAUGUACUCUACUGAGUAACACAUACCUUGAUGGAAAUGCUAACUCAUCUACCUCAGACGGCAGUCCCGUGGUGGCCGCGGUGCCUGGUACUCCGGAAGCUGUUACGGUCCUCAAAGGCGGGACGGGCUCUGAGCGGGGUCCUCCUCCCGGGUACUCCUCGAGGACUCUCGGCCCAAAUCCCGGGCUCAUCCUUCAGGCUUUGACCCUUUCAAACGCUAGUGAUGGAUUUAACCUGGAGCGGCUGGAGAUGCUCGGUGACUCCUUUCUAAAGCACGCCAUCACCACGUACCUGUUUUGCACUUACCCCGAUGCUCACGAGGGCCGCCUUUCCUACAUGAGAAGCAAAAAGGUCAGCAACUGUAAUCUCUAUCGGCUCGGAAAAAAGAAGGGACUGCCCAGCCGCAUGGUGGUGUCGAUAUUUGAUCCCCCUGUGAACUGGCUUCCUCCUGGUUAUGUAGUGAAUCAAGACAAAAGUAACGCAGAUAAAUGGGAAAAGGAUGACAUGACAAAGGACUGCCUGCUGGCCAACGGCAAGCUGGACGAGGCCUCCGAGGAGGACGAGGAGGAGGAGGAGGACCUGGCGUGGCGGGCCCCCAGGGAGGACGCCGACGACGAGGACGACCUCCUGGAGUACGACCAGGAGCACAUCAAGUUCAUAGACAACAUGCUGAUGGGGUCCGGCGCUUUCGUCAGGAGGAUCCCUCUCUCCCCCUUGUCCACCGCCGACUCUGCGUACGAAUGGAAGAUGCCCAGGAAGUCCUCCCUGGGCAGCAUGCCCUUCUCGUCCGACUUCGAGGACUUCGACUACAGCUCGUGGGAUGCCAUGUGCUACCUGGACCCCAGCAAAGCCGUGGAGGAGGACGACUUCGUGGUGGGCUUCUGGAGCCCCUCGGAGGAGACCUGCGGCGCCGACGCCGGGAGGCAGGCCGUCUGCUACGACCUGCACACGGAGCAGUGCAUCGCCGACAAGAGCAUCGCGGACUGCGUGGAGGCCCUGCUGGGCUGCUACCUGACCAGCUGCGGCGAGCGGGCCGCGCAGCUCUUCCUCUGCUCGCUGGGGCUGAAGGUGCUCCCCGUGGCCGGGAGGGCUGGCCGGGACAGCGCCCCGGGCCCCGCUCGCGGGAGCCUCGGCAGCCAGCAGAGGAGCCUUUCGGGAGGCCGGGCUGCCGCCCCCGCAGCCGGCCCGCGCGCCUCCGCGCCCAGGGACUUGGAGUACGGCUGCUUGAAGAUCCCGCCGAGGUGUAUGUUUGACCAUCCGGACGCGGACAAAACACUGAAUCACCUGAUAUCAGGUUUUGAGAAUUUUGAAAAGAAAAUCAACUACAGAUUCAAGAACAAGGCUUACCUUCUACAGGCUUUCACGCACGCCUCCUACCACUACAAUACCAUUACUGAUUGCUACCAGCGCCUAGAGUUCCUGGGAGAUGCGAUUCUGGACUACCUCAUAACCAAGCACCUUUACGAAGACCCUCGGCAGCACUCCCCAGGGGUCCUGACCGACCUGCGCUCCGCCCUGGUCAACAACACCAUCUUCGCGUCGCUGGCCGUGAAGUAUGACUACCACAAGUACUUCAAGGCCGUGUCCCCGGAGCUCUUCCACGUGAUCGACGACUUCGUGCAGUUCCAGCUCGAGAAGAACGAGAUGCAGGGCAUGGAUUCCGAGCUCAGGAGGUCUGAGGAGGACGAAGAGAAGGAAGAGGACAUUGAAGUCCCCAAGGCCAUGGGAGACAUUUUUGAGUCACUAGCCGGCGCCAUCUACAUGGACAGCGGGAUGUCGCUGGAGACGGUGUGGCAGGUGUACUACCCCAUGAUGCGGCCGCUGAUAGAAAAAUUUUCUGCAAAUGUGCCCCGUUCCCCUGUGCGAGAAUUGCUUGAAAUGGAACCAGAAACCGCCAAAUUUAGCCCGGCUGAGAGAACUUACGACGGCAAGGUCAGAGUCACCGUGGAAGUGGUAGGCAAGGGGAAGUUCAAAGGUGUCGGCCGCAGCUACAGGAUCGCCAAAUCCGCAGCAGCACGCAGAGCCCUACGAAGCCUCAAAGCUAAUCAACCUCAGGUUCCCAACAGCUGAAACCCCUUUUUAAAAUUCAAAAAAAGAAA